AGACACACAGACAGACACACAGACAGACACACAGACAGACAGGCACACAGACAGACAGACAGACACACAGACAGACACACAUACACACACACAGACAUACACACAGACAGACACACAGGCAUACAGACAGACAGACACACAGACAGACACACACACACACACAGAUAGACAGACACACAGACAGACAGACACACAGACAGACACACACAAAGAUCACCCCCCGCCGCUUCCGCGGGAAGACAUACACACACAUAUAUAUAAAGGCACUUACGACACGGAGAUAGACAAUCAGACGGGUAAGCAAAAGGAGACAGAGAGACAGACAGGACCGGCACACGUAAAGAGACACUCACAGAGAGAUACGGAGAGGCACACCGACCUACAGACAGGGCGGGUAUUCAGACAGACAGACACGCCAAGAAAGAUACGGAGCGACAGACACUCGGGAAAAAGACGCAGUCAGACAGAGACACACAGCCGGGAAGAUACUCAGAACGACACGGACGAGAACCACCACUCCUCGUGCCGCCCAGUAAAGCCUUCACAGACUUUUGGGGCAAGUGCUAUUAGCGAUCACCUACACAGACACACAGACGCAGUCACGCGCGCGCAUAGAUAGAGACACAGAGACGCGCAUGCCACUGCACAAACAUUAAAACAAAAACACACACACACCAAAAAAAAACCCAUCUUCAACUCAAAUAAUUACAUCUCCUCCCACCCACUCACCUUCUUGGAAAGAAUAAAAAAAUUAUAGAUAUAUCCGUGAGACCUCCUGCGAAUUUUAGUUCGUUUCAGAACCCCCCCCCCCACACACACACACCAGGCAAAACAAUGUCGACGUUCGCCAGCACCACCCAUAUUCUGUUCGCCGCUCAGGCCGUGGCGAGCGAACUUCAGGCGUUCAGGCCGAGCCUCUCGCUCAAGCCGUCCGGCCUCUCGUCCCUGGCCGAGAUCAUCACGUCGGACAUACUGCACAGUUUCCUGUACGGCCGCUGGCGCAGCGCUCUCAACGAGCAGAGAGACGGCGGCGGCGUCGUUGGAGGAGGAGGAGGCGUCGUCGGAGGAGGAGGAGGCGUCGUCGGCGAGAGAUCCAGCGGAGCGUUCAAGACGGCGCGCGGCAUCGGCGAUGCGAUGGUCUCCGGCGUGCUGCCCCCGUUUAGCUUCUCGGGAGGAGUCGCCACUUUGGCCAAGCUGGACAAGAUGUCGAGUUUGGCUCUUCCUGCCGAGCUCACGGUGGCGCCAAGCUCCGUGCCCGGGGAAGACCUGGGCAUCUACACGAGGACCUGGAUCAAGCAGGGGACCGAGAUGGGACCUUUCACGGGCAAGAUGAUUCCCCCGGACGGUGUAGACAUCUUCAAGAACAACAACCUCAUGUGGGAGGUGUUCAACGAGGAUGGCACGGUGCGUCACUUUGUGGACGCGAGCCAGGACAACCACCGCAGCUGGAUGACUUACAUCCGUUGUGCGCGUAACGAGCAGGAGCAGAACCUGGAGGUGGUGCAGAUCGGCAACAGCAUCUACUACAAGGCCCUGGAGCCCAUCCCGCCUGACCAGGAGCUGCUGGUGUGGUACAGUUUCUCGCACAACACCUUCCUGGGCAUCCCCGGAGUGCCCGGCAUCGAAGACGAACAACGCAAGAAGCACAAAGAUGACGAACUCCAACUUCUCGACUGCCAAGGUGUCGGCGUCGGAGGUGGUGGCGGCGGUGGUGGCGGCGGCUUCAUCAUCAGCAGCAGCGCCAGCAGCAGCAGCAUCAGCCUCAGCAGCAGCAGCAGCAACAGCAGCAACCUCGGCGGCGGUGGCGGCGGCGGUGGCGGGGGCAGCAAACUGCGCUGCGUCAUCUGCCACCGCGGAUUCAACUCGCGCAGCAACCUGCGCUCGCACAUGCGCAUCCACACGCUGGACAAGCCCUUCGCCUGCCGCUUCUGCAGCCGCCGCUUCAGCCAGUCGUCGACGCUGCGCAACCACGUGCGCCUGCACACGGGCGAGCGCCCCUACAAGUGCCACGUGUGCCAGAGCGCCUACUCGCAGCUCGCCGGCCUGCGCGCCCACCAGAAGUCCGCGAGGCACAGGCCCGCGGCCCUCUCGGCCGCCGCGGCGGCAGCGGCGGCGGCCGCGGCGGCCGCGGCGUUGGUCGGCGGCGGUGGCGGCGGCGGCGUCGGCGGCGGCGUUGUGCCGGCAUCCCAUAAUCAGAAUCAUCAUCAUCAUCAGCAGCAGCAGCAGCAUCAUCAGCAGCAGCAGCAGCAGCAUCAUCAGCAGCAUCUUCAUCAGCAGCAGCAGCAGCAUCAGCGGCCACACGCGCUUCCCGCGGGCUGCAUCCCGAUUGCCGCUGGGUCGAUUCACGGCCACAUGCCGGCCUUAGCGCUGUGACGAGAUUGGCGCUGCCGGGGUGUUUGUCCGUGACUCUCCGCGAUUCUGCCCGACUCUCUGUGACUCCUCUCUCCUUCACGGCUGUCCGGCGUGACUUUCUCCAUCCUACGUCUCUCCCUCCCAGUCUCUCUCGUCUCCACCUCUAUUGUGAUGACUCUCGUCCAAAUCGAUCUGGGGUCUCUGCCUGACUCUAUACACCUCUCCAGGAACCCAACAGUCUAUUCAUCUAUUAAUCGCUUGUAAUUUAACCCGGGGAAGAGCCCAUUGAGCUGCGUAGUUCUUUUUCAGAAGCGACCUGGCCACAAAUGAUAGCGCAAGGGAGUGGCUUAUCACGUGGAAAUGUUUAGCUGCCAAAUACUCUGAACACGUGAUGUUGAUUUUAAAUGUAGAGGGACAAAAGCGGAGGACCCGGUGAAAAAUCCACGCGACCAUGGGGAGAGAGACACACAAACACAAAAUGUACAGCAGGCGUUAGGGUCGAGAUGGAACCCACGACCUCCUGUAUACCAGGCGAGGUAGUUAACAUCUCCUAGCCACCGUGAUGAUGAUGAGAGAGAGAGAGACUCGCAACCUCCAAAUAUGCAGCAGGCGUCAGGGUCGAGAUGGAACCCACGACCUCCUGUAUACCAGGCGAGGUAGUUAACAUAUCCUAGCCACCGUGAUGAUGAUGAGAGAGAGAGACACGCAAACUCCAAAUAUACAGCAGGCGUCAGGGUCGUGAUUGUACCCAUGACCUCCUGUAUACCAGGCGAGGUAGUUAACAUCUCCCAGCCACCAUCUCUCCUGAUCUGGCCCGAGUCAGGCGCUCAUGAAUCCAUCAGCCCACCGGACAUGGAUAAAGCUACUGGACAUCUGUGAAGUAGAGCUCCACAGUAUACAUCCGGUAUAAAUACAGAUCCUCAUUCUAAUCAGCUAAACUUCUGGGUUGGUUUUCACUUCCACGGGAAUCAUCGGCAGCAAGAGACCCAUCCAAUCCACGUGAUGGGUUCCAUUCAGCAUGAAUCUGUCGUAGAGUCCAGAUCCGCCCACCGUUUGGUAGCGCUGAGCUGGGUUUUGAGAUAGGAGGUUGUCCCGAGCGGACACUGAACCAGUGGUGGACAUUCCACAUUACCGUGACGAGACGCAGUCCAUCCAUGCAUUUCGACUGGUGACCACUGUUUCCUGGCUUGGGGAGGCUUUCAUCCAGCAGUUGAUUGAUCAUGGCUGAUGAUGAUGCUACUGCUGAUGAUGAUGCUACUGCUGAUGCUGAUGGUACAUAUACUGGGGGAAAUGCAGCUGUGGAGGCUUCGUGCCAUCCCAGCCUUACAGACGGGCUAAUGCCCCAGCUGCAGGCCGGGGUUGCUGCCGUUCACCUCGAGACGCACAGGGACAGCUGCCAUCGGGGGGGGGGGGGUCCCCUAGGCGACAACUACGGCA